AUGGAGACCAUGUCGAGAAGCCUAAGCAAGAGCUUAGGAGAGGUGUUAACGAGCAGUAGUAACCAUUUUUCAAGGAGAAGCGGUUCAAUUGAUGAUCAUGACGAGGAAACUCUUACAUGGGCUGCUCUUGAGAAACUUCCAACCUUCACUCGUCUUCGUACCACUAUCAUCCAACCUCAUGAACUCGUCGACGUCACCAAGCUAGGCGUUGGUGAUCGUCAGAAGUUCAUCGAUUCUGUCUUUAAAGUCACCGAUGAAGAUAACGAGAAGUUCUUGAAAAAGUUUAGGAGCCGAAUCGAUAGGGUGGGGAUAAAGCUACCGACCGUGGAGGUGAGAUUCGAGAAAUUGACUAUAGAGGCGGAUUGUCACAUCGGGAAAAGAGCUCUUCCGACGUUACCUAAUGUUGCCUUAAACAUUGCAGAGAGAGGCCUUCGUUUAUUUGGUUUAAACUUUGAUAAAACCACUAAACUCACUAUUCUUAGAGAAGCUUCUGGUAUCAUGAAACCCUCAAGAAUGACACUUUUAUUAGGUCCACCAUCAUCAGGGAAAACAACUCUUUUGUUAGCGUUAGCAGGAAAACUGGACCCAAGCUUAAAGGUGACAGGGAGAGUAACAUACAAUGGAUAUGGAUUAGAAGAGAUUGUGCCACAGAAAACGUCAGCUUACAUAAGCCAAAACGAUGUUCAUAUUGGUGUCAUGACUGUCCAAGAGACUCUUGAUUUUUCUGCUAGGUGCCAAGGCAUUGGCACUAGAUACGAUUUGUUAAGUGAGUUGGUGAGGAGAGAGAAGGACGCAGGGAUCUUGCCCGAACCAGAAGUAGAUCUAUUCAUGAAGUCCAUCGCAGCUGGGAAUGUCAAGAGCAGUCUCAUCACAGACUACACUCUCAAAAUAUUAGGGCUUGACAUAUGCAAAGAUACGAUGGUCGGAGACGAAAUGACACGAGGAAUUUCAGGUGGUCAAAAGAAAAGAGUCACAACAGGAGAAAUGAUAGUGGGACCAACAAAGACAUUGUUCAUGGACGAGAUAUCGACAGGUCUAGACAGUUCAACAACAUACCAAAUAGUGAAAUGCUUUCAAGAAGUUGUUCGGUUCACGGACGCAACGGUUUUAAUGUCAUUGUUACAACCAGCUCCUGAAACGUUUGGGCUAUUUGACGACAUCAUUCUAUUGUCAGAAGGCCAGAUCGUGUACCAAGGUCCACGUGACCAUGUUCUUUCCUUCUUUGAGGCUUGUGGUUUCAAGUGUCCCGACCGGAAAGGCACCGCCGAUUUCUUGCAAGAGGUAACUUCAAGGAAAGACCAAGAACAGUAUUGGGCAGACACGACAAAACCAUACAUAUACAUUCCUGUCUCCGAAUUCUCCAAACAGUCCAAAACCUUCCAUGUCGGUGCCAAUCUUGAAAACGAACUAUCCGUCCCUUACGACAGAUUCAAAUCACAUCCAGCUUCUCUCGUAUUCAACAAACACUCUGUCCCCAAAUCUGACCUCUUUAAGAUCUGUUGGGACAGAGAACUGCUUCUCAUAAAACGCAACGCUUUCUUCUACGUUUUCAAGACCGUUCAGAUCAUUAUAAUGGCCUUGAUCACGUCAACGGUGUACCUGAGGACGGGGAUGGGCACAAAGGACGAGAAUGACGGAGCCGUCUACAUCGGUGCAUUGAUAUUCUCUAUGAUUGCUAACAUGUUCAAUGGAUUCGCGGAGCUUUCUUUGAUGAUUCAAAGACUUCCCGUGUUCUACAAGCAACGAGACCUUUUGUUUCACCCUCCUUGGACCUUCACUCUCCCGGCAUUUCUCUUGAGCAUUCCUGUCACCAUCUUUGAAUCUGUUGUUUGGGUCAGCAUCACGUAUUACUUGAUCGGAUUUGCUCCAGAAUUCAUCAGAUACGUGAAGCAUUUACUGGUGAUAUUUCUUACACAACAAAUGGCUGGUAGUAUUUUUAGAUUCACUGCGGCAACUUGCAGAUUUAUGAUACUUGCUAAUACAGGAGGAUCUCUAGUUAUUCUACUCCUCUUCUUGCUUGGAGGGUUCAUUAUUCCCAGAGGUGAGAUUCCUAUAUGGUGGAAAUGGGCUUAUUGGGUUUCACCUAUGGCUUACACUUAUGAUGCUUUAACUGUUAAUGAGAUGCUUGCUCCUAGAUGGAUGAAUCAACAGUCUUCUGAUAACUCCACGAAGUUAGGGUUGGCUGUUCUUGAGAUGUUCGAUGCAUUCACGGAUCCAAACUGGUACUGGAUCGGUGUAGGAGGCAUCCUUGGGUUUACGAUUCUGUUUAACAUCCUAGUCACCCUGGCUCUCGCAUUCCUAAACCCACUUGAGAAGCCGCAAGCCAUCGUUACUAAAGAGAAAACAGAGGAAAACAGAGCCGCGAGUGGCUCAGAAAGUGAAAGCAGUUACGCGAAAAGAGGAAUGGUUCUGCCUUUUACUCCUUACACAAUGUCCUUUGACAAUGUCAACUACUACGUAGACAUGCCUAAGGAAAUGAAAGAAGAAGAAGGUGCCAAGGAUAAGCUUCAGCUUCUAAGGGAAGUAACAGGGGUGUUUAGGCCAGGGGUAUUAACAGCUCUUAUGGGAGUAAGUGGAGCUGGUAAAACCACUUUAAUGGAUGUUUUGGCUGGUAGAAAGACCGGUGGUUACAUCGAAGGAGACAUUAGAAUCUCUGGUUUCCCUAAAAGACAAGAAACUUUUGCAAGAAUCUCAGGUUACUGUGAACAGAACGAUAUCCAUUCGCCGCAAGUCACGGUCAGAGAGUCUCUCAUCUACUCAGCUUUCCUUCGUCUCCCAAAAGAAAUCACCAAAGAUGAGAAAAUGAGAUUUGUGGACCAAGUGAUGGAGUUAGUAGAGCUAAAGAGCCUAAAAGACGCGAUGGUAGGGCUCCCAGGGAUCACAGGGCUAUCAACAGAACAGAGGAAGAGACUUACCAUCGCAGUGGAGCUAGUGGCGAAUCCAUCCAUAAUCUUCAUGGAUGAGCCAACUUCAGGGCUUGAUGCUAGGGCUGCAGCUAUUGUGAUGAGGACGGUAAGGAACACGGUUGACACAGGUAGAACUGUUGUCUGCACAAUCCACCAGCCUAGCAUUGAUAUUUUUGAAGCUUUUGAUGAGCUUCUGCUUAUGAAGAGAGGUGGACAAGUGAUUUAUGCUGGUCCUUUAGGCCAAAACUCCCACAAGAUUAUUGAAUAUUUCCAGGCAAUUCAUGGAGUUCAGGAAAUUAAAGAGAAAUAUAAUCCGGCGACAUGGAUGCUAGAAGUGAGCUCAAUGGCUGCAGAAGCUAAGCUUGAGAUAGAUUUUGCUGAGCAUUACAAAACAUCACUAUUAUAUGAACAAAACAAGAAGCUUGUUAAGGAACUAAGCACACCACCACAAGGAGAAAAAGAUCUAUACUUCUCUACACAGUUCUCACAAUCUUUGUUAGGACAAUUCAAGUCUUGUCUGUGGAAACAGUGGAUAACUUACUGGAGAACUCCAGAUUACAAUCUAGCCAGAUUUUUCUUUACAUUGGUUGCAGCUCUCAUGGUUGGAUCAAUUUUCUGGAAAGUUGGUACAAAAAGGGACAAUGCGAAUGAUCUUACAAAGGUAAUUGGAGCGAUGUAUGCUGCGGUUUUAUUCGUGGGAGUAAAUAACUCCACAUCUGUCCAACCGCUCGUAGCCGUUGAACGAACUGUGUUCUAUAGAGAGAGAGCUGCUAAAAUGUACUCUGCCUUACCGUAUGCUCUAGCACAGGUGGUCUGUGAAGUGCCGUAUGUACUGUUCCAAACUACGUAUUAUACGUUGAUUGUAUACACAAUGUUGUGUUUCGAAUGGACAAUGGUCAAAUUCUUUUGGUUCUUCUUCGUAUCAUUUGUCUCCUUCCUCUACUUCACAUACUAUGGGAUGAUGGCUGUCGCCAUCACCCCUAAUCAGCAAGUCGCUGCUGUUUUCGCAGGAGCUUUCUACGGUCUUUUCAACCUAUUUUCCGGUUUCCUCAUCCCUAGACCGAGAAUCCCGAAAUGGUGGGUAUGGUACUACUGGAUCUGUCCAGUAGCUUGGACUGUGUAUGGAUUGAUUGUUUCACAGUACGGUGAUGUAGAAGACACGAUUAAAGUUCCGGGUAUGAUGAAUGAUCCGACGAUAAAAUGGUAUAUUAAGAAUCAUUACGGGUACGACCCGAAUUUUAUGAGCUCAAUUGCUGCUGUCUUAGUGGGCUUCACUGUCUUUUUCGCUUUCAUGUUUGCCUUCGGCAUUAAAAUGUUAAACUUCCAACAAAGAUAGUGUUAGAAACUCAGAACGGGCUUAUAUGAUUUAUAUGGUCUAUAGAUUUUCUUUCAAAUUUUAAUUGUGAAACAGAAAAAUAAAAAGGCAUUAUGACAAUGAUAAUACUCUCCAUUUAGUCGUUUUAGAUUUUAAAAUUGUUUUAUUUUAAAUGUUGUUUUACAUUUUAAUUUAUUCUCUAUUUCAAAUUAAAUGUCGUUUAGUUUAAAAAUUUGUAACAAAAUAAGUAUCAUUUUAUGAUUUCAAAUGUAAUAUUUUCUAUUAAUUCAUCUUUUUACCCCUAAUUUAAUUAAGAUAAACAAUACAUAUUAUGCCGUUAUGGUGAUCAAACAAUGACAAAUUUGAACAUUUAACAAGUUUUUUAAAUUUGUGAGCAAAAUUCUAGAAGGACAACUAAUGUGAAUUCCAUACAAAAACCCCUCAUUUUAAUGUCCCAUCAUGUUUAUUUAUGUCGUUCAAUAGUUACCAAAGGCUUUUUAUACCAACAACUUUUCUGGUCAAAUAUUCGGCUAACAGUUUGACCAUCUGUGGUUAACAAUAUUUGAGAACAAAUUUGACAGCAAACCUUUCUCAUUAAAAACCCUUUCGAUUACUAGAAUAACUUUUAACGCUUUAAACGCAGCCUCCAAGUAAAAGAAUCAAAGAAACCUUAUAUUAAUGGAACUAAAACACCGACUAAAAUGGAAUUAGACUUUCAAUCAUUAUCUCUUUUUUUCCACUUAAUCUAACAUUCUAGACUUUAUGUAUUUUCGCUACAAGUUUUGUUGAACAUUAUAAAAUACACAUAAGAAAAUUAUUGGAAAAAAUAUUUAACACAUUAUCCACGCGUAACGUGAACAAAAGAUCUAGUAAUCAUAAAUAGAAUACGUAACAUUGUUUUAUUUAUGCUUAUCUUUUUUGAUACCCAACACCCCCAUCUCCAAAAAGUCAUAUUGUAUUGUAUACAAUUAAAGAGUGAAAACUUAUGGAUAUUUUAGAUAUAAGAAAAGCCAGUAGGAUUUUGCUGGAGUGUGUACCAGAGAGUCUUCAUCCCUUCAUUUGAGCAAAGUAUAUUGUUGGCCUUGUACUGGAAACGCAUGUAGUGUCGUCUCUUUAGACUUUAAUUUUAAAAAGAAGAUACGAUGACCAAAAGUUUCUGGCCGGCACAUUAAUAUGGAUUUUUUUUUGUAACUGCAUUAAUAUGGAUAUUUAAGAUACAUUAAUAUGUAAUCAACGAAACAUACAUGAAUAGUUUAUAGAAUUGUUCUGAAUAAUAUAUUGAUGUAGAUUCAUAAUUCUUAUUAUUUAGAUUUCGAUUGUGUUUAACUUUUUGUUAUUACUUAUCAUAUUUCCAUAUUGUUGAUUUGUCUCAUCAAUAGAUAAUUUUUUACUUGUCCAGCAUUUUAAAGCGAAACUGAUAGAAUAAAGAACAGUUGAUCUUCUGAAAAAUAUAGCAAUUUUUGAAAAAGAAAGAAGUAUAAAAGAGAGUUGAAUUUAUGUAUGAAAAGGAGAUGGUGUUUGUAUCAUGUGACAAUUAAAUUAGUAUUGUCGUUGUCCACGUUAAAUUAACUAUACUAGAUGAAUGGAUAUAAAUACUUAUAAAUAUUUAAAUAAUAAUAAUUAGUUAGUAUUUUAUUAUUAUUUUUAAAAUUAAAAUUAUUCAUAUAAAAUAUAAAUAAAGAUAA